AUGGCAUCGUCAACGAAUCAGUACAUUCGCCAGAUCUUGCACCAUAGCGAGGCACCGCCUCCGGUGAAGGCCCGCUUCUUCUACACCUCUCCACUAACCAUAGACGAUCCGCUAUCCCCUUUACCGCCUUCUGCUCAGACUGCCCAGACGACCUACGCGAAACUACCUCCUCGGCCAUUUUCCGAAUUUGAUAACACCGCCCUCGACAAGGCAUGGCAUGACCUCCGCCAUAAGCUUCUUCGGUACAGCGAGCAGCGGGGCGAGAAGCAAAAAGACCCUCAGCCAAGUGGCAGGCAAGAGAAGGGCAAGAAGACAGAACUGGGCAUACUGAGUACUAGCCCCUCUACCCGCCGGCCAGCAUCAACCAGUGAUGCAUCAACGAGGAGCAACAGACUUGCCGACAUAUAUGAGGCACCAGCCAUCCCACCAGAGGCCGAGGCUCACGAUACUACCGGUACCCCUUUCAUUCGUGCUCCCUCAGCACGGAAAGUUGAUCGACUUCAAACCAGACCCAAACCUCAGCCGCUGGACAGCUACCAGUGGGACAAUCCUCCAAAUGCAUCCAAGCAGCCAAUCAAGCCGCGCGCUGACCCAGAAGGCCCUUCUGCAAAGAUAGCUGUCGGUGUGUCGCGGCUGCACCAGGUAGCCAUGCCGGAUCUGAACUUGGAACCUAUAUACUGGCGUCCAGUCAACGAUGUCUCUCCUGUCGUGAGAGCAACUUGGUUCUACAAGGAUACUAUGCUUCCGCUUGAACCUCCUGUGGCCAAUAUGCUCGAAGCGGGCUACACCGAGCUGCAGCCUUGGACCGAAACUUGGAACGAUGAGCUCAACAGUGCUAUCGAGGUUGGUGCUGCUGGAGAAGCCAAGAUCUUGCACAAGCUUUGGCCUGAUUUGUUCAAGAGGCUGGAGAGUAGACCAACCACUUCCAGGGCCGAGAGGGGUAGUGUGACCUCGGCCACAUUUGACGAUGAGCCAUUCUCAGCCGAGAAGGAGCGUGAUCAUAUCGUUGAAGUUGCUUGCGACAUUAUCGAUAUCGCUGCAGGUGUGGAUGGACCUGACAACAAAGCCUCUGGUACAUCAGCAUAUUCCUCUGGAGGCGGUCUGCCAAGAUGGUAUCCUACCGCUGGUGUCAUUUAUGCGAACGCAACCGAAGCUCAUAUCUUGAAGCCCAACCUGCAGCCAUCAGCUUAUCACGGUCGCCGCCCACUCGCGAACUACAUCCGUAAAGGUCGCAAGCUAGGCAUACCUGUUGUUCGGGGUUUCGACCAAGCAGCCUACGAUCGACUGUAUCCGACCAAAAAAACUUCUACUGCGACAAAGGCCGAGGAAGGCGUGUCUACUUCGCAGUCUGGAGCACCUCCAAACCGACGACAGAAGUCUGAUCCUGCUCUUGCUCACGCUGAGCGUCCGAAGGUCACUGAGCUGAUUCUCGUGAUUCAUGGUAUUGGUCAGAAGCUAUCAGAACGUAUGGAGAGCUUCCAUUUCACACACGCAAUCAAUGCGUUCCGCCGAGAGGUCAGCGUUGAGUUGGGCACGGAUAGUGUAAAAGCUCGUUUGAGGAAGAACAUGGGCGGUAUCAUGGUUCUGCCUGUCAACUGGCGCCAAAGUCUCUCAUUCGAGGAUGGCCAAAGAGACGUUCCGGACGACCCAGCGCUGAACGAUUUCGGGCUCAAGGACAUCACGCCGGAGACCUUGCCAUCUGUGCGAAACAUUGUGUCCGAUGUUAUGCUUGAUGUUCCUUACUAUCUGUCCGACCACCAGCCCAAGAUGAUCGCUGCCGUUAUUGCCGAGGCCAAUCGGAUCUACAAGCUGUGGUGCUUGAACAACCCAGGUUUUGCUCAAUAUGGACGAGUUCACAUUAUUGCACACUCACUAGGCAGUGUCAUGGCAGUUGACAUUCUGUCAAAACAGCCAACAUCGAUACCUCCUGAGCUGAAAGAUCCUACCACUGUUGAUCUGGACACUUCACCACUAGAUCAUUUCCUCUUCAACACUUCUGCUCUCUUCUUGUGUGGCUCGCCGGCCGGAUUCUUCUUGCUUUUGAAGCGAGCCUCUCUGAUCCCACGUCUGGGCAAGCAAAAGCCAGGAGCGGACCUGUCAUCAAUCAGAAAGCCGAUCUGUGGAAGCCAUGGAACGUAUGGCUGUCUGCCUGUAGACAAUAUCUACAACAUCGUGAACCCCUAUGAUCCAGUGUCGUACCGUCUCAACGCCACAGUCGAUGCUUCAUAUGCGGCAUCUCUCAAACCAGCAUGGGUGCCGACGGCUAGCUCGGGAUGGUUCUCGUCAUCUGGGUCAUGGUUCCACUCGUCACCUGAAGGAGCGUCGAACACGCGACCAGAUCAACUGCCUAGAUUACCUUCGAACGUCGAGCUGGAAACUCAUAACUUCUCACGGGAAGAGAUUGCUGAGCAGCGUAUGCUGCUUCUGAACGACAACGGCCAGAUUGACUUCUUCCUCAAGUAUGGAGGCGGACCGCUCGAGAUUCAGUACUUGACGAUGCUCGGUGCACACAGCAGCUACUGGCUUCUCAAAGACUUUGUUAGAAUGAUUGUUCUGGAAUGUGGCAGAGGGCUUGGCAGGGAUGGAACAAUAUUGGGCAUGAGAGCGACCAAGAAGAAAGCGCAGUUGACUACCUGA